AUGGUUUACCGAGCGAAAAUUCUCCGAAAUUCAGCCAUCUUCCAGAUGCUGUGUGGUUCUUUGAUGAUAUUACUUGGUAUCGGAAGCAUUUUCGUUGUUCAUCACUGGAGUACGUACGCUGGUUUUGGAGUAUGGGUCGGCUUUUGGGUAAGAAAAGAUAUAAACUUGAUGAAACUUAGAGUAAUCUGCAGAGUGGAUUCGAAUGCAGGAGUACAUUUGCAUUUCUGCUCAUAUUGCAUGGUUCAGAAAAAAUGUUAACAUAUCAGCUUCACUGUCAACGCUGUCAAAGCAAAAUACAUUUUAAAUUAUAUUUUUUCGUAGAAGAAAUUCUAGAUGCGCCGAGAUCGGGGAAAUUUGAAUGACGCAGAGGAUAUUUUGCCUUUCGCAUGGAAAAUACAUAACAUAUUUUAAAAGAACGUAGGGAAGCUGUUCGCAUGAGGGAGUUUUUAUGCUGACUGCGAAAUGACGGAAGGAACGGCUGAAGAAGCCCUAAGAACGUCUGUGGAGGGGGAAGGUAAAUAAAGCGGGUGAAUUUCUGCGAGGAAAUGUGCGGAAAUGUGCCAGUGUUUGUUCUCGGCUCCAGUGAAGCCUUUUUAUACGAAGUACCUCAUGUUCCUCGUUUAAAUACCGUUCAUUUGUCACUAACGACGUCCGCCAUUUUCGUUGUUGUUUUGCAAACCAGCCGUGACGCGAGAAAUAACAUCAUUAUUUCGAUCGGUUUCAAUAAUUCUGCUCCCUGAAUGUUUGGAAUAUAUUCCCCUUAAUAUUCCUUGCAAGAAAUAGCAGGUCAAUUGAAAAGAUUGUGUGUUUCGGAUUUUUCUAUAGAUUUCUUUUUCUUGAUAAGAUCGAUCGACUUAUGUUUUGAAUGGCAGAACUUUCAAGAUAGUGAGAUAGAAAACAUUGUUUUUUUUUUUCUUUUAACUGAGCAGAUAAGAUAAAUUGAGAGAGAAAGAAAGACUUAAAAGCUGGCCGCGUGGCGAGAAUUUUUCGUAGGCCAUGAAGAAGAGCUAAAGCUCGAAACGUCAGUGUUUCAAAGACACGGAUAAAAUAAGUCCUGGCCUAGCUUUUGUUCGCUACAGUCAGUGUAUAGUCCGCAUGAAUAGUGAAUUUAGAUUUUUAAGGUACAUGUAAAGUUACAUACACUUCAUGUAAUGCGAUGAGAUUUGUUUCUUUGUUAUUAUAACUAUUUAAGCGUGUCCUUUAUGCACAUUUAAUAUUCUAAAAUGGAAUAAUCAUGUCAUAUCAUCUAUGGUUAGGUAAUUAUCAGUGGAGUUUUAGGAUACAUUGGUGCAAAAGAAGAUACAAACCCAAACAAAUGCCUGGUGAGAAUUUUUCAUUUUGUUAGCAUAUCUCCACAAUUUUAUCAAGAAUGGAAUGCAUACAUCAUUCUUUCUAGAUAAAUCUCUAAAAAACUGCACUAUAUGUGAUUAACCUACGGGAUAGGUUAAAACUACAAAUAACUGUGACGCAAUGGCGGAUAAAGAACGUAAUUUCUGUUCUCAGCUCUAAUUUUGGGGUGUGGACUUUUACUCAUAAUGGAAUUGGGCAUGAAAAUGAACAAAUGUUGUACUUAGAGACUGCAAAACUAUAAGCAUACAUAAAAAUGUAUUAUUAUUAUGAUUCGAUCUAUGAAAUAAAAAAUUAAACCUAAAGUAAUAAAAAUACAAAAUUUGUACGGAAUGGGUAGAAGUGUUACGUACAUGUAAAUUUAUUAUACAUCAGACUCACUAUGAAAAAUCUGAUUGGUCGAGAGCAUUCAAUCAAUUCACAAUAGCUUGUGAACUUGACAUGAUAAAUGCAAUAUCUGCUGCAGAUAUUGCAUUUAUCAUGUCAAGUUCAACGUCUGCCUGGUUACCAAGCCCCUUGGAGUGUUCUCCUCAGAAACAGAAUGGCUGAAUGUCUUCUUUUGCCUAUUGUUUAAAAAAUGUAUAAUAAAACAAUUAUUGAAUUCGGUUUUCGCAUGAUACAAUGAAUUAUCAAAACCUCGUGCCUGUAUUAUCUGCCUCAGCCUUCGGCUUCGGCAGAUAACACAGACCUCGGUUUUGAUAAUUCAUGAUAUCAUGCCCAACCUCAUCCAAUAAUUGUUUAGUAAUUGGCGAUCGUUGGCUACAGAUAAUCCUUCUUAGUCCGACUAAAUUUUGGUAAGGGGAACUCCCUUUAACAGCUCUAGAACUGAUGGAUUUCAGUAAGGAAUUCAUCAAUAAUUAAAGCCUUUCUUCUAAGUGAACUUUGAAUAUUUUUUUUCUUAUAACUAGAACUACGUGUAACGCAAAAGCUAGCGAAGCAGAAGGAAAAAAGGGAAAAAAUGGCAAGAGAAAACAAAUAAUAUAAUAAGAAGAACAACAACAACAAACAAACAAAUUAAACUGUUCAGCAAACCUAGGCUUGAAAUAUAUGCAAUGGACUCAUGAAAUGUAUAGAAAAUACUUUCCAAGAAAUAACCCCCUUAAAAUAAAUCUGUAAAGAACAAGGCCUUAUCUCUAAGCCCAUCAUUGUAGACAACACGUGACUGGGGUAUAUGUCCUUUAAUUUUUUAGAAUGGCAAUGAGCGGUCCUUUAUGUUCCAUUCACAAAUACGAGCAAAAACAUAACGCCAGUCCUCAAUAACGUAAUUAUCUGAAACUCAACACUGCAGACUGCUAAAUUUUCAGUAUUUUUUUUUCUCAACUUUUGAUUUUGGCUCUGGCUUUUAAAAGUGAAUAACGUUUAAGACACUGGUCGGAGCAGGGCUUCCAAACCAAGCUAACCUAGUGGCGGCUUAUUUAAAUAACUUGGUGAUUUAUAAUAAGCAACUAAAAAGUUGUUUUUGCAUCUGUCCACAGAUUGGAUGUUUCCUGGGAUUCUCCAUCACUGCCUGUGUCAUUGGUGUAAUUAUGUUCAUCAGCUACUGCUUUGCUGUUAGCCAGUUUUCCAGCAUCCUUAAUUGCCGGGAAGAUUGGCUUUUUGAAAGCACCACUCUUAAGAGGCCUUGUUCAGUCUCCCGGUCAGGUACAAAACGAGGUGAAGCUGCAGAUGGAAUGGGAUUGGGUGUUUGCCAACUGAUAUUAUCUGCACUGGUUUUCAUUGUUGCCCUUGUUUCAUCUAUCUACUCCUGCAAAGCUGUGUGCUGUGGAACAUCUGGCCACACCGUAAGUAGCAUGACACGUUUCCUGACUUAAUUCUUCUUAGUUUGUAACUUUGGUUGAAUGUUCUACUUUGUUGAGACCCCGUUCUGACUCACCCACUCUUUGGAGUAUUUACUGAUCCUUGGAGCGAUGAGGUUUAUACUUUUCCUACUAAUAAAAGAUUUACCGAGACUGAAAAAAAUUGUUUUAUACUAAUAUAUAUGUUGAAGGUAAAAUUGAUCUCAGGUUAAAAAGCAGAAUCUAAUUUCCUUUGAUUCAGAAUUUCCUUUAUUUCUUAACCUUAAUUAUCCCUUAAUUAUUAAACUGUCGUUUAACCUAAGAUAUUUCUCAAAACGCCAUUGACAUUAGUAUUUCGGAGAACUGUUCCUAUUAUUUUAGUCACUAAUUUUUUUAUUUUGUUAUUUCGUAUAGCAGUUGCGUUAGCUCUUUCGCCAUGCAUGCAUGUUCAUUAGUUCUGCACUCAUACCAAGACAACCAAGCUGCCACUUUGUAAGGUUGACGGAGGGUUUAACCGUUUUACUGAGGACAAUUCCUCAGUCAGUACUUUUCCACUAAUAAAUUUCAUAAGUACGUUCAUGAGAAGAUAUCAAUUCCCUCGGAGCCAAAACAUGAAAACUUCUCAGAUGAAAGCCGGAAAGCAAACAACCAGUAUUUGCUGAUUUUGUUAUUGUUUUGCUAUAACAAAUAUUUUUAGGCUACUACGCAGCACGUACUGUAUGCUGGAACGCAACCAAUGCACCCAGCAGGCCAAGCUGGUGUUGUGGUUACUCAACCAACUAGUGCCAUAGCGACUACUCUUCACGGCGUUCUCGUGACAGGACAGCAGGCCGCUUUCUUACGUCCACAGGUAACCACAGACAGCAGUGCUGCAUGCUAACAACUGCAUAUGCUAACAAAUCGUUCGUUUAGUUCUGUAACACAAAAUACCACAAGGCCAAUAGCUGAAAAAUCUCAUCUAAGGAGUAAACAUAGUUUAACAGCAUAUAUUUACGCUACUAAGAUAAAUAUAAUGUUUGUUGCACUGGGGUUGCUGUUUCUCGCUCAUUGUAAUGAGGUUGACAGCAGGACGUUAUAAGCCGAAUUUCAGAUUUUUUGUAAAUAGCAGACCGAGGUUUCCCAACCUUUUGUACGGGCGCUAAGACAACGAGGAAAGACGAAGACAUAAAAGAAGACUAAGUAUCUUCUCGAUUAGCGAGCGAGUCGCUCGAACAGCCCCAACAUAUGUUACUGGAGAACCCCCGGGUAUCAAUCCCGGUACCCUUCGUUCACCAUUUUAAAAAUGUCCUUUGGGUGUAGGUCUUCAUUCUAACUGGGAAAAUUGUUGCUUUACGUUACAUUAAAACUGAAGUACCACUUCAUUUACUGUAACAGUGUUCCAAAUAAAAAAGCCUGGACGUAAUCCAUGUAAGAAACUUGUCAUUGAUUUCUGUUUGUAUGUAAACCCAUUUUAAACAGCAGGAACCAAAGGAACAUGAGAGAUCUCCGCCCUAUUCAUACGAUACACCGACAGGGAAUACUCCACCACAAGAGGCAUUUACAAGCGGUGUAUUUGAGGAUAUGUCUCCACCAUAUUCAUACAGUGCACAGACAGGCAAUGCCCCACCAUCAACGGCGUCUGCAGGCGGCGUCACUGAGGAUGUGCAUCUACCAUAUUCAUACAGUGUACAGACAGGCAAUGUGCCACCAUCAACGGUGUCUGCAGGCGGUGUCACUGAGGAUGUGCAUCUACCAUAUUCAUACAGUGUACAGACAGGCAAUGUGCCACCAUCAACGGUGUCUGCAGGCGGCGUCACUGAGGAUGUGCAUCUACCAUAUUCAUACAGUGCACAGACAGACAAUGCCCCACCAUCAGCAGCGUCUGUAAGCGGUGCUGCUGAGAAUAUGCGCAUGCCUGCAUGGGUAGAGACAAUUUAAACAAACCUAUCUCAUUAGAUUGACGUUUGUGUUAAUAAGGUGGCAUAGCUAAAAGUAAUUGUAAAUAAUCAAUUGUAAAUUUUAAUAGGCCAUUUUGAGGUCUUUAAACACUAUUGAGGCCCGAUGCAAAUUAAAGUGAGUUUUAUUUGCAUGACAAUAAAAGGCUUGUUUGUUAUGUAUAUGUUUUAUCCCCGUUUUGAAAUAGACAGAGGCGAAUCCAUAAUGACCUACAUGGACCAAGUUUUUGGGAAAUAUUUUAAAGUUAGCUUCUUACUUUGAAGCUGCGGGGCGAAUAGCUUGAGUUGCGAGAUCAGAAACUCUAGUAACCGAGAUGAAGCCUUGUUUUCGUUCGUUAAGACGUCUAAAGCUACUUAACUUGGGCCUGAUCUCUUGUUAGAAACCAGACAAAAUUUUAGGCAGGGCAAUGCUAAUAGGUUCCUUAAGUUUUUUUCAGUGAAGAAAUUAGAGAUGAUCAUUUAAUUUAAGU